AUGGCCCCACCUCAGGAAGAAGUGAAUGCGUGGGCAAGCUACGACCAAACGGCCAAGACCGCUCGACGCUUGGAUGCUACGCGGCGGAGCGAAAUUGGCCGAUCUCGCCAUGGUGCUGCCGACAAAUCUCGCCAUGGUGACGGAAGAUUUCGUCACUCCUCUGUGACGGGCAGUCGCCAUCGUGCUGUGGACUUGGUUCGGGCAAGUGCUGCUGGCGGUGGCGUAGAUUUGUCGUCUGAUUUUGUGGUCGAGGGUCCCCGUCAACGCCGUCGUUCGUCUUUCUUUCAACAGGCCAUGGUGGGCAAGUCUACCACUACCACCGCCGCCAAGUUGGAAGCUGUUGCUGCCAAACGAGCCGAGUUGGACCCGGGAGUGUUGGCGCUGAUCCGUGGGACCUUUCCCGUGUUUUUUGAGGACGACGACGAUCAACAAGACAACGGCAACGAUUCUACCGUGGGCAAGUGGUUCCAGCUCUGGACGGGUACCAUGCCUUGGAUCCAAUCGUCGCCCACUAUCAGUUCCAACCCCGUCGCUAUGUUCAUUGACCUUUGCCUGCGUGGGAUUGGUCAAGUUGUCUUUCAGAAUUCCCCCAUGACGGGCCUGUUCAUUCUCGUGGGACUCUUCAUCCAGUCCACUCGCGUGGCCAUUCAUGGCACCAUCUCGUUGGUCGUUACCAACGCCUUGGCACUCUUGUUAGGCUUUGACAAGGGACUCGUACAGAGUGGCUUGUUUGGAUACAAUGCCGUCUUGGUCGGACUCGCCUUGGCCACUUUUGAUUCCGAGGCCGGUGGAGGAAAGCAUCAAGGAUAUUCUGCUUCCACACUCAUUGGUUCCGCCGUAAUUGCCUCCUUUACCGCCAUUCUCUUUGUCAUGAUGGGGAAACUGCUCGUCCCGUACAAGUCACCACCAUUGACUCUACCAUUCAAUGUCGCCACACUCCUCUUUCUCUUGUCCACGGCACACAUGGGUCGCGUCACGUACGAUUCCGUCCGUCCUCCCUCUCUCCCCGAAUACGACAGUACACCAACCGAUAUGCAAGUCACGGCGGCACAAUUCUUUGCCGGGUCGAUUCGAGGCAUUGGACAAGUGUUUUUGGCCGACAAUCUGGCUGCCGGAUUUCUCACAUUGAUUGGCAUGGCACUGUGUUCUCGGAUUGGUGCCGUGGCGGCGUGGAUGGGAUCGGCACUGGGGGCUAUUACCGCCAUUUGUAUUGGGGUCGACGCUGCAGCCAUCGAAGCAGGCAUGUUUGGUUUCAAUGCCAGUUUGACCGUCACGGCCAUGUUUCUAUUUUAUACUCCUUCCAUUGGUGCCGGUAUUUUGGCCGUCAUUGCCGGUGUCAUGACUGUGAUUGCCCAACAAGCCUUGGCCAACUGGUUGAAUCCAUGGGGAUUGCCAUUCAUGACAUUGCCCUUUUGUGUCGUAUGCUUGCCCUUUAUCAUCAUUCAGGGCACUACCUCUAUUGUCAUUGCUGUUCCGCUCGCAUCCAUGACCAUUCCCGAAGAUCAUCUCCAGCGCGUCAAUAUGCUCUCGGAUGGAUUCGCCUUUCUCAAGGAAGCCUUGCAAACACCCACGUCCGACUCGCGAAAAUCGUCCUCCAAAAUGCGCAGCAAACGAUUGACCAAGUCUCUGAGUCUUCUCGGCGAAGCACUGGAUGAGGCAGAUCACGCGCAGUCCUCGCGAGCCUUGGAAGCCACUGGUAUCCAAUCCCCAACCAAAAAGAACCCCCAAAAGAAAAAGGGAUGGGGCACAUCGACCGAACAAAUCCAACACAACGAGACCAAAGAGGCCGCCCUGACCAUAUUUGCCUCCUUACUCGAACAACACAACAAUACUGCCUCGCAACAGCAAAUCCCUCUGUCUCUUAUUACCAAUGCCUUUCAAGCGGCUGGAUUGCAGGAUAUGGAAGCCUUGAGUUUUGCCAGUCUCGUCUUGACAUUUAUCGAUUUGGAUGACUCGGGUACCAUUGACAAGGCCGAGUUUGUCGCCUUUGCUCUCGUGUGUCAUGCCAUGCAUACGAUUCGGGAAAAGAUUGCCCAGUUCUUUGAAUUUGUCGACGAAGACAACAGUGGCAGUGUCUCGUUUGAAGAAAUUGAUGCGGCGUUGGAAUAUCUCGGACAGCCCGUGUUGGAUGACGACAGCAAGUUGCAGUUGCUGGAAUUGACGCACAGCCUUGGUCCUGCUGCUGACACAUUCAAGGAAGAAGAUGACAAUGAUGAAGAAGAAAUGGAUGUGGACUUGUUGGUGAAUGUCGUCACCAUUGCCAAAGUCAAGUUGUUUGCCAGUGCGUUUCAUGGAUGCGACGAAAUAUCCUCCAGGGUGUUGGGUAGCCCCGGUUUGACGGAGAAAACCGAGGACCUGGCCGCAUCUAACAGGAGUGGCGUGGUGGACUGUUAG